AUGGAAUUUUACAUCAACAACAACAACAACUUGCUCUUUCCUUCCGGAGGAGACGUCGAAUCAAACAGAGGAGGAGGGAGAAACAACAACAACAACAACAACAACAACGCGUUCGCAGUCUUGAACGAAGAGCUCCGCCGAGACGUUUUAAUCGCCUCCGUAUCUAACGCGGACCACUUAUCGGAAACGUUAGAGCAGGCACACAAAAUCGCCACCGAAACCGACGACGCCGGGGAGACGAUUUUAAAAUCGCUCUCGCAACAGAAAAACAGACUCUUGUCCGCGCGCGCCGCCGCGACGAGCAUGGAACGGGACAUGGAAAGUUCGGAGAGGAAACUACGAAGGAUGGGAUACGAAAAGUGCGUGCAGAAAUGGAUGUGGCACGUGGUCGCUUUGUGUUUUAUAGGCGCGUUGGGGACGUUUGUGUAUUUUAAAAUCACCAACCCGGACGCGCACCACAAGAACGGACACCGCUUGUCGGAUUACAAAAUACUCGACGAGGACGAGGACACCGGGAAGUUUGUGUAG